AUGAAUAAUCAAAAGCAGCAGAAGCCAACGCUAUCAGGCCAGCAUUUUAAAACCAGAAAAUGAGAUGAAAAAGAGAGGUUUGACCCUACUCAGUUUCAAGACUGUAUUAUUCAAGGCUUAACUGAAACUGGUACUGAUUUGGAAGCAGUAGCUAAGUUUCUUGAUGCUUCUGGAGCAAAACUUGAUUACUGCCAAUAUGCAGAAACUCUCUUUGACAUUCUGGUGGCUGGUGGAAUGCUGGCCCCAGGUGGUACACUGGCAGAUGACAUGAUGCGUACAGAUGUCUGUGUUGCAGCACAAGAAGACCUAGAGACCAUGCAAGCAUUUGCUCAGGUUUUUAACAAGUUAAUCAGGUGCUACAAAUACCUGGAGAAAGGUUCUAAAGAUGAAGUAAAAAAGCUGCUGCUGUUCUUGAAGGGUUUUUCUGAGUCAGAGAGGAACAAACUGGCUAUGUUGACUGAUGUUCUUCUGGCUAAUGGGACACUGAACGCAUCCAUUCUUAACAGCCUUUAUAAUGAGAAUCUGGUUAAAGAAGGGGUUUCAGCGGCUUUUGCUGUAAAGCUCUUAAAGUCAUGGAUAAAUGAAAAAGACAUCAAUGCAGUAACUGCAAGCCUUUGGAAAGUCAGCAUGGACAACAGACUGAUAGAACUGUUUCAUGCCAAUAAGCAAAGUGUUGAACACUUCACAAAGUAUUUUACUGAGGCAGGCUUGAAAGAGCUUUCAGAGUAUGUUCGGAAUCAGCAAACUAUAGGUGCACGGAAGGAUCUCCAGAAAGAGCUUCAGGAACAGAUGUCCUACGGGGAUCUGUUCAAGGAUAUAAUUUUAUAUGUCAAGGAGGAGAUGAAAAAAAACAACAUUCACUUCAUGAAAGCCUUCCAGAAAAUAGUGGUGCUUUUUUAUAAAGCUGAGGUCCUGAGUGAAGAGUCCAUUCUGAAGUGGUAUAAGGAUGCACACGUUGCAAAGGGGAAAAGUGUCUUUCUUGAGCAAAUGAAAAAGUUUGUAGAGUGGCUCAAAAAUGCUGAAGAGGAAUCUGAGUCUGAAGCUGAAGAAGGUGACUGAAUUUCAAAACUGCACCCUCAGUAAAGCAAACAGGAGUUGUAGAUACAAUGUCAUGUCUCAUGAGUCCUGGUUCUUACAUCUUCCUACCUCCCUAUAUCAAGCAUGAUAUAAGGGCUUUCAUGGCAAAUUUUAUUUUAACUGUUUCUAUGGUUACUGGAGAUGUUGGAUUUAGUUUCUGAAACCAUGUUUGAAGUAGCUACAGGAGCUAUAGAUUUGAAUCUAAUGUUGCAUUCGUCUUUUCAGUUAUCUUCUACCUCCUGUAUUUUCUACUGUAAUAAUGUAAUUUAAGGUCUUCCACAAUGAACAGUUCACUUUAUUCCCUGGGUUUUCUAUAACAGUUUUCAAGAUAUGAUUUGGUUAAAAAUAAUUUGUUAGAAAAAUUCUGUUUGCAAAUCAAACUGUGUAAGUAUCCAAA